AUGUCCAAGCUAGGAGCCAAGAAUGUGAGUGAUGGAGAGACAGAUAUGUCCUGCGAUGGGCAAGCCGAGAGCCCCUUUGGCUCAAGAGAAGACGAAAUCAAGGAGAAAGUGGACCAUAGGCAACCCAUUGUGUGGAAAAAUGUCAUCUUAAUGGCUCUGCUUCACAGUGGAUCUGUGUAUUCCCUUCUUCUCAUUCCCAAGGCCCAUUUGUAUACUCUGAUCUGGGCAUACAUAUGUUUCCUGGUGUGUGCCCUGGGUGUGACAGCGGGUGCCCAUCGCUUGUGGAGUCACAGAUCUUACAAAGCCAGACUGCCUCUGCGGAUAUUUUUGGCUGCAGCCAAUUCAAUGGCAUUUCAGAAUGAUAUUUUUGAGUGGGCCCGAGACCACCGAGUGCAUCACAAAUAUUCCGAGACGGAUGCUGACCCGCAUAACGCCCAGCGAGGGUUCUUUUUCUCCCAUAUCGGCUGGCUCUUCGUUCGGAAGCAUCGCGAUGUCAUUGAGAAAGGAAGAAAACUGGAUUUCAAUGAUUUGUUGGAGGAUCCGGUGGUAACCUUCCAGAGAAAGUACUAUAGAAGUUCAGUUGUGUUGAUGUGUUUUGUCAUUCCUACUAUCGUGCCUUGGCAUUUCUGGGGCGAGAGCAUAUGGAAUUCCUACUUCUUGGCUUCUAUUCUCCGCUACACCGUCUCCCUCAACGUUACAUGGUUGGUCAAUAGUGUGGCUCACAUGUAUGGGAACAGGCCCUAUGACAAAAGCAUCAACCCUCGGCAGAACCACUUCGUCACUUUUGGAGCUAUCGGAGAAGGUUUCCAUAAUUACCACCAUACCUUUCCAUUUGAUUAUUCAGCCAGCGAGCUUGGCUUGAAGUUCAACCCAACCACAUGGUUCAUUGACUUGAUGUUUUGGUUGGGUUUGGUCACCGAGAGAAAGCAAGCGCCGUCGGAGAUGAUCAAAGCUCGCAAAGAGAGAACUGGAGAUGGCACUACUUGAGAAACAAACCGACUCUUGAAUUUUGAUGCUGCUGUAUGUGUUGCUUGUAUGUUUCUUCAUUGAGGGGGCAGCUUCUGUCCCAAACCUUCCCCUUAUAAUGAAAGUAGUAUUUUUCAUGGAACGAUGGCCAAAUUCAUUUCUGGAGAAAUGUCGU